AUGGCUGGUGAUUGAAUUUUCCUUGCACUGGCAGCUGUCUCUCUUCUUUCUGCCUUCCAGCGAUCUCAUUUUGCUUGGCUGGUGGGGAAGUUAAGAAUGAAGCACAAGGUCAUCACUGGAGCUCCAGAAUGUGACAGAACAUUUCAUGCACAACAAAACUGUGUGGUGUUUUACCCUAUAUUCCUGACUGGCCUCUGGACUGCAGGAUGUUUUUCAAUCAAGGUAUGUUUACAGGAGUUAAUCCAGCACACAGUGAAAGCUGUCCUCUGUAAUACACACACAGGGUUUAAAGCCACAAAAUUAACAAAAUUAGCUUCCUUUUGGGGUAUGCUGUACAUGCCUGCCUGCUACAAGUACUUCCAUGGUUCUGUCCAGUCUGUGAAAGGAAGGUUAACAGGGUUUUAUUUGAGUGUGAUAAUUCUGACUUGCUAUGCAGCUGGUGCAGCUGGGAUUGUCAGCAGCUUUCUGGAUGAAUACCUGGACUUCAGCAUGAUGGAGAAAGUCCAUAAGUUGCUUUGA